ACACUCACACACACUGAGCUGUGUUUCUCUGUUCAAAAGGUCCGAGGACAUCACAUAGCCAAGCUGGACCCUCUGGAGAUCAGCUGUGUGGACUUUGACGAUGCCCCGUGUGCCGUUGGUUUCCAGAACGUUGGUUUGUACGGACUGGCUGAGUCCGACUUGGACAAAGUGUUCCGUCUUCCCACCACCACCUUCAUCGGAGGCAGCGAGAGCUCUUUGCCUCUCAGGGAGAUCAUACGACGCCUGGAGAUGUCCUACUGCCAGCACAUCGGAGUAGAGUUCAUGUUCAUUAACGACAUGGAGCAGUGCCAGUGGAUCAGACGCAAGUUUGAGACACCGGGAGUCAUGCACUUCAGUCUGGAGGAGAAGAGGACUCUUCUGGCCAGGAUGAUCCGAUCCACAAGGUUCGAGGACUUCCUCCAGAGGAAGUGGUCCUCUGAGAAACGGUUCGGUCUGGAGGGUUGUGAGUCGCUCAUCCCGGCCCUGAAGACCAUCAUCGACGAGUCCAGCCAGAGCGGAGUGGAGAGUGUGAUCAUGGGGAUGCCUCACAGAGGGAGGCUCAACGUUCUGGCUAACGUGAUCCGGAAGGAGCUCGAACAAAUCUUCUGCCAGUUCGACUCUAAACUGGAAGCAGCUGAUGAGGGUUCUGGCGAUGUGAAGUAUCACUUGGGGACGUACAACAAGAGGAUGAACCGGGUCAGCGACCGGGAGAUCACCAUGUCGCUCAUGGCGAACCCGUCCCACCUGGAGGCCGUAGACCCGGUGGUUCAGGGAAAAACCAAAGCCGAGCAGUUCUACUGCGGAGACACGGAGGGCAAGAGGGUGAUGUCCGUUCUGCUUCACGGUGACGCUGCGUUUGCAGGUCAGGGUAUCGUGUACGAGACGUUCCACCUGUCUGACCUGCCGUCCUACACCACACAUGGUACCAUACACGUGGUGGUCAACAACCAG